AUGGCGACAUUGGACCCGAAUGCGUGGUAUCGCAUCUCCGAAACACGCGUCGACAACAGCACCGGCCCCUUCGCCCUCAACCUGCAGCUGCGCACCGAGGUCAAUGGUCUCAGAGUCCAUCCGAUAACAGGUGGAACAGCGGCCUGGCAGUUCCAGCCUUAUGGCGAUGUCAAAGGCCGCUACCUCAUGCGCCUCGACCAGACCGGUGUGAAGGCGCAGCUGAGCGCAUGCUACGACUCGGGCGAACCAGCCACGGGGAACACCAUUGCUUGUAUGAAGGAGUCUUCGACGGACGAAGCUCAGUUGUGGGAUGUGUCUGACUUUGGGUCGGGAACCUUCAAGUUUGUCAACGUGAAGAACGGGACCAGCUACGUGCUGGACGUGCACCCGAAAGACAACCUGUUCAUGUCCAACGAGAUCGACGGGUCUGAGGGUGUCGCAGAAAAUCAACUUGCUCAACAUUGGGUUUUGUCAAGCGUUAGCGCCGUCAAUGACGGCGCCUACUCUACCAUUUAUUCCGGCGAUCGACACAAACAUCUUCGACAACAGGGACUGUGUCCCCUGCCGACGCGAUGA